AUGGGCGCAAAUAACUCAACACUAAAGGAUAAAGUUGAUAAAAAGAAAAAAUUCUUAUCUGAUGACGGAGGUGAUUUUAUUUCUAAUAGUGAUGACUAUAUAAAUAUUUUACCAAUUAAUGAAGAUGAAGCUGCAAGGACAGAUGAACUUCAUUUCGUGUUAAAAACAUGUGGUAACGGAUCAUGGACAUUGGAUAUGGCAACAGAAUAUAAAAAAGCAAAAUUUACUGCAUUGGAUAUACUGCCAAUAUUUCCGAAUGAAAUUAGACCAAAAAAUGUAGAUUUUGCGUUGGGAAAUAUCCUCAAAGGAUUAGAUUUCGAGUCAGACACAUUCGAUUAUGUGUUUAUGAGAUGUAUGAAGGCGGCCAUAUCAAAUGAUGACUGGCCAAAAGUUAUACGUGAAUUGUUAAGAAUUCUAAAACCAAAUGGUUGGUUGGAAUUAUGUGAAAUUGAUGGUGGCUUUGUUAAUGGAUCUCCUGAAGCUGAUUCGUGUUUCAAUCGAAUGGAAGAAAAGCUCUUGAAAAAAUAUGGAAUAUCAUUAGAUUUGAUCGAGUUGCUUAAAAAGACUUUUACGGAUCGUUUUCAUUCGGUGGUUGAUGUACAAUAUAUACGGAAAGAUCUUCCAUUGUGUAGUCGAUGGGAUGAUCCAGAUAAAAAUAAAAUUGCCGAAGUUUGUCGUAGAAAUAUAUCAUGGGGGGCAAAAAAUAUUGGUCAAGCGGUGGAUUUUCUUGGUCUAAAACCUAAAGAAUACGAAGAAUAUAUCGAAAAAGUCUUUGAUGGUACUAAAAAUCGUCCAUAUUGUACCAUGGCAUAUUAUAGAAUAAUCGUAAGGAAAAUUCCUAAAUAG